UGUCGAUUCAACGGCCAUGGAUUAGUGAUGAUCAUGCACAAUUUAUCUGGAGGGUGGCGGUAGUGCGCUAAGUUAGUCCGCAUCCGCUGUUAAACAAGCAACUGAAGAAGAGUAGAAGAACGGCCAUAGAUGCGCUUGCCUUAGUUGAGCGUGGAGACUCCAAUGUUUGGCAUGGAAAAUCACUGCAGUGACCGCACACAACCUCCGUCUUAUGGCCAUGAAACCGAGAAUGUGCAACACCUUCCUAGAGUUCAGGAAUCAAUUAGGUUGCAGCUAUUAAGACGGGCCAGGGAUAGACUGGCUGCUGUAAUCAGUCGGGAGCCCAUUGAUUUUGAAUAUCUUCACUUCAUCACCUGUCAGGAACUGCAGUUUUUACGGGCAGGGGCAGUUUAUAUGGAUAUUCCUCAAUGUGUUAUAGUUGGCUUUGAGCAGCUCAAUGAGGUGAUCAAGGCUCUGCUUUCCAACAGUCCUGUCACCCCUUUAGUUGACAAUGUAGCUGUAGUCGAGUGGAAUGGAAGUGUGGGGCAACCUAGAUUGAGUAUCGGUAGGGAUGUUAUUGAAAGUCUUUUAAGCACCAACCUACCAUUGACCACUCUGGCUAAUGCUCAUGGCAUUUCAAGAUCCACCCUGUGUAGGAGGAUGAGAGAGUAUGGUCUCUCAGUCAGACGCAGCUACUCUGACAUUCCCGAUUGUGUCCUUGACAUGAAGGCAAGUAUGACAGUGAGAUCCAUAAAGGCCAGAAUGCCUGAUGCUGGAUAUAGGCUGGUGAAAGGGGCUCUACUGGCCAUGGGACACCGUGUCACAUGGAGUAGAGUCAAGUCAUCCUUGCAGCGUGUUGAUGGAGCAGGCAUCAUCUCAAGAAUGAUCCAGUUGACAUGCCAGACGGACAUACUCUGUCCCAGCUCCAUUGUCUCUUGUCCACGUCGACACCAAUCACAAGUUGAUCAGGUAGUGUUUUAUUUAUGA